AGACCCCACACAACUAAUAAACUCACCAUUGAUUGAUUGAUAACACCAUUACAGUCCCUUCCAUCUAAUUCUAUACAUAGCUUGGGAAUCCGCUUAUAUCAGCAAGCAUUUCCCAUCUCUGAAUUCAUUGCAGGCUGACAAAAAAGGUUGGAGAAUGGCAUUGAAAUCGGGCCUGAAAUCGAUGGGCUUUUGUGGAGAGUUUCGAUUCUGUUUGUUCAUCUGCCUCUGCAUUUCAUCUCUGAUAAAUGCAGAGCAGAGCAGUAUUUUGGCCACCGCACCGGCCGCUUCCGCUCCCGCCACCACCACACCUGCGGCUCCAGUCACCACACCACAGCCUCCGGUCACUGCCCCGAAACCUCCCACCACUACACCUGUAGCGCCGGUCGUUGCUCCUAAGCCGCCAACUUCGCCACCUGCUGCGCCAGUCACCACGCCCAAGCCCCCUGCAGUGGCACCCGCCGUCGCACCGGUGCCGCCGGUCGUGAAACCUCCAGUGGCGGCUCCUACUCCACCCAAGGUUCCGCCGCCAGUGUCAUCUCCUCCCGCCGUCGCUCCUGCAACGCCGCCGGCAGUCACACCAGUUUCUCCUCCGAUUGUUCCGCCGCCGGUUGCCACUCCCCCACCAGCAUUGCCGCCGCCGGUUGCGCCCCCAGUUCCCGCACCUGCGCCGACAAAGCACAAGCACAAGCACAAGAAGCGAAAGCACCACCACGGCGCUCCCGCUCCUACUCCAUCCAGUCCGCCCGCCCCUCCUCUCGCUCCUCAGCCCGCCGGCUCUUCCUCCGAUUUGUUCACUCCUGGCCCCUCACCUGUUUCACCGAACACGGGAAUGAAGAGCGCAUGGAGCGCAACUAUGAUGAUCGCUUCCUCCAUUUUUCUGUACAUUUUUCUGUAAUAUAAGGCGAUGAACAGUGAUAAAUAUUGGCGUCUGCAUAGACAGACAGAGAAAUGAUGUGUGUUGUUUUGGAUCUUCAUAAAACCCGGCUAGCGUGAAUAAUGUCCUGUUCCCCGCCUUUCCUUGAUGGACAGGCGAUUCCGUUCGAUUGUAUGGCUUUUGUAUUAAUGCAAUUGGAAGACUCUGAUUAUUUUUUGUUUGAAA